ACUGCUUAUAAGACUACUUAGCAGUUUUUUGCUGGCCAGACGAAGUGAGACAGAAGCAGUGCAACUCGGAAACCCCCAUCUGAUUCAAAGAUGAAGAAUUUCAUUAGUGUAACCUGUCUGGUUACUGUACUCUGCUUCUCAGCAAUAUGUGCCAAUAUGGAUAUCAACACAGCUGUCAAGGAAGCCGAAUCUUUAGUCUUAGGAGAUGCAGAGCCACAGGCCGCUAUUGUUGCGACAAUUACAGCAAUUGUCACGAUUGCUUCUAUAAUCAACAAAGGUAGGGAAAUGUUGAAAAAUGUGAAUGUUAAAGACAUCAUGAAAACAGAGAUCAUUCCUUACCAUUGCGAUUUGGCUCAAUCCUACGGUAACCUUACCCACACUAUCUUUGAAGAGAUGGAUAAUGAACUUAAGGUUAUGAUCGGAGCAAGUAAAAUAUCUUUGGAUAGACUUCACCAGGAAGCAAAUGAGAGAGAAGUGAAAUUUGAAGAAUACGUAGCGAAAUUAACACAAAACCCCUUUUUAGAAACCGCAGAAGAUGGAGCGUUUUUUAACCAGGAUUUCCAAGGUUUUGAAUCAUUUGGUAUAUCUACCGGUGGUUACGAUAGAGCAAUUGCUGAGCAAGCACGAUCUUGGUUCAUCAAUCUGGUUCAAGAUAAAGAUAUUCUUGACAGCUCCAAAAUAGAGAUAGAAGAUUUUGUUAACAUCGUUUCUGCUUCCGGUGCAGCCGUAGAAUGCCUUGCAACACUGUUUUACAAGAAAGUCCGUGUCGAACGUAGAGUUGUUGAUCUUGGUGUUGUUCGAUAUCCCGAUCUGGAGAACCCUUUCCUCAAGAUGUACCGCAUCAAGGUUUUCGCAUACAGGGAUAGUAGCAGAAUAGCAUUUCUCGAGAACAAGGAGAGUGGAAUUGGAGGAACGAUCGAUGUACAACGAUUUAACCCAAGGCGUUCUGUGAUAUCAAAAAUCUCAGAAAAAGCUAUACAGAACGCUGUUUCUGAAGCGGAAUCAUUGUUCGACUUUUAAAAAAUCGAAUGUGGAAAAUGUUUAAAUGAUAUUUGCUUUGCGUUCUUUUCAUGAUCCGUUCUUUGUUAUGAUCGAUUAUAAUAAUUGGAGUUGAUGUGAUUUAGUAACAGGAUUCGUAAUAAAUUAAAUGUCUGACAAACAUUAUUAAAAGAAUUGACAAUAACACAAAUGACAUAACUAGCAGCAACUAAAGCCAUUGUUUCGUAUAAUUUGAAGUAAUUAUUUCUUACUCUGGGGUUCCGACUGUUUCUACCAUAGUCACAAGGCCACAAAUAUGGAGGGACGGUAAGAGUCACUAACGCUGACCCCCAGUAUUUGGCAGGUACUUUGUUAUUCGAUCUGGAAGAGCGAAACGAAAGGCAUAACGUUAAGUCCUGGAAUAAGUAUCCUAAAGACCAGGCUCUACGAUUCUGCCAAUCCAUCAUUCUUCCGAUUGUAAAUAAUAAAAAUCAGAAAAUGUAA